AUGCCUCAGCCCGGCCCAUGGCGGGCUCCGGCGGGGCUCUGCUGCUGCCCGUCCUGCUCUGCUGCCUCUGCCCGGGCGCUGCGAGCAUCGAGUGCAGGGGCCGCGUGUGGGUGGAGCCCGCGCCCGUGGUUCCGAUGGGCUCCGACAUCUCCAUCGGCUGCCAGCCCGGCCCGGGCUGCCCUUCGGCCCAGCUCCUCAUCCUCCUCAACUACAGCCACGCCGAGGGGCCCCGGCAGCCGCUGCCCGGCGGCGCCCUGCGGCUCCGGCUGCGCGAUUUUCGGGCGCCCCUGGCCACCGCCACCUGCUUCUCGCGCUGUGCCGGCGCCCCGGGGCACCGCCUGGAGUGCGGCACCGAGCUGCGGGCGGGCUACCCCCCGGACCCCCCCGGCAACCUGAGCUGCGCCAUCGCCGAGGGCUCGGAGCGCCUGGAGUGCGCCUGGGACGCGGGACGGGACACGCACCUGGAGACACGGCACAGCCUCCACCUGCGCAGGGUGGUGGCACAGGAUGAGCAGGACGAGGAGGAAAAGAUCUUCCCUGCAGACUCAGCUGUGCUGCUGAGAGAGCUGAAUAACCAGAGCCACUACUCGGGGUGGGUGCAGGCCAGCAACGCCCUGGGCACUGCCCGCUCUGCCCUGAGGCUCCUCAUCCUGCAGGAGCUCGUUGUCCCCGCUCUGCCCGUGGCCAUCGGCGCCGACACCUCGGGCUCGUCUCCUCCGGUCACCACCACGCGCUGGAGGAGCCGGACCCGGCUGCGGAACGUGCGGUGCCAGGAGCGGCACAGAGCCACGGGCACCCCGACGUGGCAGGUGGAGCCGUGCGACACCGCGGAUCGGGAGGGUCCCCGCUGGCAGCACGAGCUGCAGAGCGACACCGAGUUCGAGUUCCAGGCGCGGUGCCGGCUCAGCAGCGCCCGGAGCCCCUGGAGCGCCUGGAGCCCCCCGUUCCUCUACAGCACCCCCGAGGCAGCCCCCGCCGCUCCCGCCGUGUGGCGGCGCCUGGGUCCGGUCCUGCCCGACGGCAGCCGCGAGGUGACGGUCUUGUUCAAGCCGCUACCAGCCCGGGGUGCCCGCGGGAGGAUCCUGGGCUACGCCGUGAGCUGGGAGCGGCGCGGGGCAGCGGAGCCGCUGUGCCUCACCUCGGGCACCGAGUGCACCGUGCGGGUGCCGCCGGGAGCCCGCAGCCUCCUGGUCACCGCCCGCAACUCCAGAGGGACCUCCAGCCCCGCCAGCAUCCCCCUGGACCGAGCUGCGGCUCGGGAAGAAUUCCCAGCACCGGGGGCUGUGGAGGUGAAGCCUGAGAAGCAGAGCAGGGUCCUGGUGCGGUGGGAGCCCCCCCAGCACAGCCAGAGCCCCCCAGUCUGGUUCAUCCUGGAGUGGCUGUCCAGCUCCCGGCACGGCCAGCAGGAGCAGCUCCGCUGGGAGCGAGUCCCGGGGCAGGAAACACACACCUACAUCCCAGCAGAGGCAGCAGCAGGAGCUGCCCCCCGAGUGUCACUGUAUGCUGUGUACCCCCAGGGCAUCAGCACUGCCAGCUCCAGCCCAGCCCCUGCUGAGGAGCCACAUCUGGGCAGCACCUACAGCCAGAUGUCCCAGGAUGAUGACAUCAGAGUUUUUUUGGGACUGAGCCUCAGCAUGGUGGGACUGUCAGUUCUUUUUGCAAUUGUGAUGUUUAAAAAAUCAGUCAGGAAAAGGGUGAAGGCCACCCUGGUGUCCCUCCUGCCCGAGUGGCUCUUUGAAGAUUUUCCCCACCUGGAGAACAGCACCGUGGUGAAGUCACUCCAGGAGAGGGGAGAUGUGCCCAGUGCCACCCAGGAGAGGGGAGAUGUGCCCAGUGCCGCCCUGCAGGAGCCGUUCCUCACCCCCGCUGACCCCGUGCUCACCCAAAUCCAGGAGGUGCCGGCAGAGGAGCAGCACCAGAGCCUGGCUACCGAGGUGGCCGAGCCCGGGGAGCCCCCAGGGGCCCCGGUGGCCCCCGGCAGCCCAGCCCCGGAGCGGCUCAGCCCCUACAAACCCCAGCUCUGCCCCGGCAGCUCGGGGUACGUCGCCGCCGGGAUUCUCCCCGCGGAAAUCCCAGAAGAGGAGGUGGGGAUCCUGUCCCAGGGCCACAGCAGCCCUGUCCCCCGGCUGUGGGGGCUGCAGGCAGCGGGGCCAGCCCAGGUGUGCCUGCUGGAGAGGAUCCACCUGGUGCUGAGCAGCAGCCAGGGGUUCCCGGCGCGGGCAGGAGCCGCGCCCUGCGCCGAGCCCUGCGAGCCCGGCGACGUCCCCCAGCAGAUGCUGGUCCCCCAGGAGCUGCUGUCCUGCCUCAGAGCCACCCACAGCGACACGAACCCGCGCUGGGAACCUUGUUCUGACAGGAGCUGGGAUUGGGGAUAACCCCCCUGGAGUCUCAGCGCUGGGGUUGCCGGUGGAAGAGCCAGAGGGAAACUCCCGGUUGGAAUUUCGCCCUCUGCAAACUCCACUGCGGGUUCUGCUGCCUGCCUGGGGAGCCUGGGCCAGCAAAUCCCAAAUUUUAACCUCCCCUCGCACUGGCAGAAGUAAAAAACCCCAUAAAGUUUGGAUUCCUGGAAUGCCAAGCAGGAGAUUCCUGCAGGGUGCAAUAUCUUCAAUUACUGCUCAACAUCGUCAUCUUGUUAAAGGUUUGGAGCAUUUCACUCCCAGAAGUUUGGAGCAUUUAAUUCCCAAGGAUCUGGAGCAUUUCAUUCCCAAAUGUUUGGAGUAUUUAAUUCCCAAAAGAUUGGAGAAUUUCGUUCCUAAAUGUCUGGAGUAUUUCAUUUCCUUAUGUUUGGAGCAUUUCAUUCCCAGAAGUUUGGAACAUUUAAUUCCCAAUAAUCUGGAGCAUUUAAUUCCCAAGAAUCUGGAACA